AUGCCGAGUCAGCUGAUAAGUUGCGGGAAAAAGAACAAGGCUUCAGCUUUUGGAUCCAAAACGAUGGUGACGGCCUGGCUGUGUUUGUCGACAUCAUUCGCACCCACCGCACGGGGAGCCUUUGUCCGAAACCAGGCAUUCAAGUCGCCAUCAUUUGCAAAUCGUGCAGCUGUGUCGAUCAAAGCGACACUCCCGUCGUCCAGAAUGAGGCAAGGGCCGUCCCGUUUGGCGUUGUCAACCGCUAACAAGGAUUAUGAUCUUUUGAACAAAGAGAAGGGGCUUGAUUCAUACGCUCCCAAUGAAUUCGAAAAGGAGAUUUAUUCCUGGUGGGAAAAUUCUGGAUGUUUUCAGCCAGAUGCCAAACAAAAGCCCAAUGGCGAAAAGGAGCCUUAUGUAUUACCAAUGCCUCCGCCAAACGUCACUGGGCGUUUGCAUAUGGGUCAUGCCAUUUUCGUUGCUUUGCAAGAUGUUUUGGCCAGAUUCCACCGCAUGAGAGGCCGCCCUGUACUUUGGUUGCCUGGGACGGACCAUGCCGGGAUUGCCACCCAACUGCAAGUUGAAAAGCUUUUAAUUGCCGAGGGAACAACGAGAGAAGACGUAGGUCGCGAAAAAUUCUUAGAACGAGUAUGGGAGUAUAAAACAGAACAAGGUGGACACAUAACGAAGCAGUUGCGUUCGCUUGGGGCCUCCGCAGAUUGGACUAGAGAACGAUUUACAAUGGAUUCCGACUUGAGCAUAGCUGUCACGGAGGCUUUUGUUCGGCUUCAUGAGAAAGGCCUGGUUUACAGAGGCGAGUAUAUGGUGAAUUGGGCGCCCCUAUUGAAAACAGCAGUCAGUGACCUCGAAGUCGAAUACUCCGAAGAAGAGGGUAAACUGUACUACUUCAAAUACAUGGUGGAAGGAAGUGAUGAUUAUUUGCCUGUCGCCACUACUCGACCAGAGACAAUCAUGGGCGAUACAGCGGUUUGCGUACACCCUGAUGAUAAGCGCUAUCAAGAUUUUGUUGGAAAGAAAGCUCUUGUUCCAAUGGGAGACGGACGCACUAUUCCGAUUAUUGCCGAUGACUACGUGGAUAUGGAGUUUGGAACUGGUGCGCUGAAGAUUACUCCUGGUCAUGAUCCCAAUGACUACGCCAUCGGAAAGAAGUAUGACCUCCCGAUCAUCAAUAUCAUGAACAAGGAUGGAAGUUUGAAUGCAAAUGCCGGAAUCUACAACGGUUUGGAUCGCUUUGAAGCUCGUGAAAAGCUGUGGCAAGAUAUGGAGGAGUUGACACUUACAAUCAAGGUCGACCCCCACAUGCAACGAGUACCCAGAUCGCAACGUGGUGGGGAGGUGAUUGAACCCCUCGUAAGCAGUCAAUGGUUUGUCAAGACGGAAGGAAUGGGGGCAAAAGCGCUAAAGGCUGUCGAGAGUGGUGAUAUCAAAAUUGUUCCUCAGCGCUUUGACAAGAUUUGGAACAAUUGGCUUACCGAUAUCCACGAUUGGUGUAUUUCUCGUCAACUUUGGUGGGGACACCGAAUCCCUGUCUGGUACGUUGGCGAAUCAGGGGAAUCAGACUACAUCGUGGCCCGCAAUGAGGCAGAAGCUCGCGAGAAGGCUAUCGAGCAGGGAUUUUCGGAUGAUGUUGUUCUGCGGCAAGAGGAAGAUGUCUUGGAUACUUGGUUCAGUUCUGGACUCUGGCCUUUUGCUACAGUUGGGUGGCCAGCAUCAGAGGGUGUAGAGGGUUCGGACUUAUCACGCUUCUACCCUGGUACAUGUUUGGAGACAGGAUACGAUAUUCUAUUUUUCUGGGUUGCUCGCAUGGUAAUGAUGGGUAUUGAAUUGACUGGCAAGAGCCCGUUUAGCGUGGUUUACUUGCAUGGUCUAGUGCGGGCUGCCGAUGGAAGCAAAAUGUCAAAGACGAAGGGAAAUGUUCUCGAUCCGUUGGAUACUGUGGCAAAAUUUGGCGCAGAUAGUCUCCGUUAUUCUCUAGUUACAGGUGUAACUCCUGGCCAGGACAUUCCUCUGAACAUGGAAAAGAUUGAAGCGAACCGAAAUUUUGCGAACAAGCUCUGGAACUGCUGUAAAUUUGUGACUGGCAAUGCCUUAAAGGAUGUUGAGAAGGCCGAACUGAAUGAACUAGGAGUUUCAGGGCCCAUCACAGAAGAUGAAUUUCAGAGUCUUUCACUUCCAGAAAGAUACAUUAUAUCCAAAUGUCAUGACUUGGUGAAAUCAGUCACUGCUGACAUUGAGAAUUAUCAGCUUGGUGCUGCAGGAAGUAAGGUAUAUGAGUUUUUAUGGGAUCAGUACGCCGAUUGGUAUAUCGAAAUUUCGAAAACACGACUAUACGAAGGCCUUGGUGGUGGCGACGAAGACGAAGCCAAGGCAGCGCGCCGUGUUCUAGUUUACAUUCUUGAUACAAGUCUUCGCUUGUUGCAUCCGUACAUGCCGUAUGUGACCGAGCAGCUUUGGCACCAUCUCCCACGGUCAUCUGCUUCGGAUGAACAAGCAGCGCACGCUCUUAUGCUUUCAGACUGGCCACAGAUGGAUGACAACAACCCCUUGGUGACGAGUCAAGAAGCUGUUAGUUCCUUCGAGUGUUUCCAGGCUCUUACCAGAAGUAUUCGUAAUGCCCGCGCUGAGUACAAUGUCGAACCAGGGAAGCGCAUUAGCGCUGUCGUUGUUGCCUCAGGUGAUUUGAAGGCUGAACUAGAAAAGGAAUUGAAGUCUCUUGUUGCAUUGGCAAAGUUGGAUCCAGAGAGCGUCAGUGUCUGUGAAGCGGGAAGUGACGAAGCAAAGGCUGCUGUGUCGGAAGACUCUGUUCAACUUGUUGUUCAAGAUGGCGUGGAGGCAUUUUUGCCACUCUCUGGGCUCAUCGAUCCCGAGAAGGAAAGAAAGAGACUGCAAAAGCAGCAAGAAAAACUGGAAAGUGAAAUAAAAAAGCUCUCUGGUAGACUGCAGUCCAAGGGCUUUGUCGAUAAAGCCCCUCUAACUGUCGUUGACAAAGCAAAGGCGGAGCUUGCUGAGCUUGAAGAUCAAGCAAAGAAGGUUGAAAGCAGUUUAGAAGCCCUUCCAGUUUUAAAAAAUUGA